AUGGUUUUAGAAACGCUGAAACAAGGGCUUGACAGCAGUCAAAUACAUGAAGCUUUAAUACAACUAGAUUCCUAUCCUCGCGAACCGGUGGAUCUAGAUGCCUCGAUGGUUCUCAUAAAAUUCGUAAUUCCAGUUUAUCCAUCACUACCAGAAAGAUCGAAGGUGAUAUUGAGACGGCUAGCUUCUAAAUCGUUUACAUUUUUAUGCCAAAUUGUCACCUUCUCAAGGACAAUAAGUGGCCGCGAUGGACUGCAAGAGAUACGCAUAUACCAAGAAAUUUUAGAAGACAUCAUCAGUUUUGAACCGGGAUGUUUGACUUUUUAUUUAAAGGCAAGCACUACUAGCAAAGCAGACCGUGAUAGCAUUAAGGCCCUUUUCUUUGGGAGCAAGUUAUUUAAUGUGUUGGCCAACCGAAUUGAUAUGGCGAAAUAUUUGGGAUACCUUCGGCUUCAGUGGAAAUUUCUACUUGAGAGUAAUGAAACAGAUCCACCUGGGUUUUUAGGGGAAUGGUUAGUUUCAUCAUUUUUGCUUAACCCAGUGCUAGCGGCAGAUAUGUUAUUAGGCGAAUUAUUUUUAUUGAAAGAGUCGUAUUUCUUUUCUUUUCAGAAAAUCAUAUCUGCUAGUAGUCUGAUAGAUCAAAAGAGGCUGAUUGCUAAGUUUUUAUUACCAUAUAUUCAAGUUAUCGUGACUUUAGAAAAUUUGAACGAUGUUAGGAAAAUUCUGCGGCGGUUUGAUCUCGAUAAAAUCAUAAGUCUGUCCGUAUUAUUUGAAAUACAGUCGCUGCCAUUGAAGGAAGUGAUAGUACGUCUGAUGAGCAACCACUCUUCCACGAAGUUUGUUAGCGCUUUGGUAAGUAAAUUUGCUGAUUUUACAGAUGAGGAAGUAGACACAAAGACAUGUGAAUUGCUUGUACUCUUUGCAGUGCACAAUCUCAAUCAUUCCCAGAGAGAGGAAAUAGCACACGAUGAGCGGUUUUUGAAUGGCGUGACCAAACAUUUAGGUAGCAAUGAACGUGAGGCAAGGGAGCGUGCGAUGUUUAUUGCCAAGCUUUUAUCAGGCGGUCAUCUGAAGUACGAAAGUGAUUUUAAAAUCAAUAUACCGAAUGUCAAAUUCGAAAGCAAUAGCGAUGAUAAAAUCAUUGAUUUCCAAUCUUUAAAAAAUCCAUCCAUAUGCAAUACCCAAACUGAUGUGGGUAAGGAUAAGAUUACUGAGGUCUCGGGUCAUGUUCAAAGCCUUACAUUGGACUGCAGUGAUAGCGAUGAUGAAGAUGAGAACGAUGAGCGGGAGAUUGUUAAACGAAUUGUAUUUUUAAAAGAUUUAAUGAAAGAAUACGAAAAAACUGGGGAAUCUCGAAAAGCUCCAUUGAUACCACUUCUGAAGCAAACAGUGAAAUUGAUACGGCAAAAGGCGGAUUUUCAGUUAGAGGUUGGCUAUUAUGCACAAGGUAUUCUGUCAAGCAUUGUGUGCUUGAAUAAUGAAUUUGAUGAACCGCUUUUCGAGCAGUGGAGAAUAAACGCUCUAACAAGCAUACUGGUCGUCCUUCCAGAGAAGGUGAAUGGCGCUAUAAAUAUUCUAUUCAAUUCAGAACUGUCGUUACAGCAAAGGAUGUCACUAUUGUCGGCUCUGGGUCUUUCUGCAAGAGAGUUGAGAGGGCUUGAUGAUCCUACUAUUGUCAAGCCCAAGUUUGAUUUUCCAACAAAUCGUUUACCGUGGGAUGAUCAAAGCCAUCAUAAUAGUAGGCUUGUUGAAGUUCAAGAGUCAACAAGUAUGAUAAAGAAGACGAAAACAGUAUGGAAAUCUAGAAAACUAGGCAAGGAUCGAGAAAAAGGAACGCAAAACCGCUUUAGAAAAUAUGCUGGUCUAUUCUUCUAUCCGCUAGCACACGGUUGGCUUAAUGGAAUUGACGUAGGCACAUACAAUCAGCUUUUUAAGUCGCAUUAUUUAACAACACUGCGUAUCAUAUACUCUUGCGCUAACCCGGUCCACGAUUUUGAAUCCAUGACGGAGUUGAUGAAUCAUAUAAUUAGUUCAGCCAUAGAGGAAGGAAUUUCUCUCAAUAAAGGUUAG